AUGCCAAAACAGGUUUGUAGUACAGCUCUGAGCUGCUGUCAGAAGAGACUCAGCACGAUACGUCUUACUACCUACUGGACAAGGUCUGUCUGCAGCUCUGGUUUCUAAUCUUUCAUCCUAACUCACUCCCAUACAUUUAUAUUCUGAGUGGAGUUAUAUGUGCAAGUUCAGAGGGAUUUUUAAAGACUUUAAAUUCAAUAUUCCUGUCAUUCAUUUCCUCCUGUAAUUGUCCAUUCUGUCAUCUUAGUCGCUUUUUUAUCUUGAAUCACUGUGGCAACAGUGAAGGGGGUAAUUCACAUAUCUGGACUGGGCUGCAGGUGCUUUGCUAUUCUUCACUCUGCCGGUAAGACAAUAUUUCUUUACGACUGACUGAUUUUAAUCUGUUGCUUGCUGCAAAGAGAAGUUUGUCAUCCUUUCUGUGUAACUGACUGAUGGCUGAUUUUCAACCACCAGCUUUAACAAACCCUUUGUGGAAAACAGGCAACUAUGGCAGGUGAGACAUGUCUUUUCUUGUUGAAUUGCAGUUUCUUUGAGCAUAAAAAUCUUCAUUAUAAUGUCACCUGAAUGAUGCUACUGGUUUGAAGCGAUGAUUUCUUUUCUUCUGCUGAAUAAUGCCAGGGGCAAAUAAUAGAAGACAACAAUGAAAGCUAACAAUAAGUAGGUCACAUUCACUUUCUUUUCAGGCUCGAUACAGUUGUAUUGUUGAAAGAGCGAGGGUUCAGAGCAUCUUUGUGUUUGAAUGUCCUGCUUGA